UUUGGAGCCACAUGACUCCCUGCAUUGGAACACUGCAAGAGAGAAAGAAAAUCAGUUGAAAAAGAAAAUAGAAAAUGAGAAAGGAAGAUACAGUGAAGCUGAUAAGCGCGGAGGGUUUCGAGUUCGUGAUCCACAAGGAAGCUGCUAUGGUUUCACAAACAAUCCGCAACAUGCUCACUUCUCCAGGGAGUUUCGCGGAGACGGAGCAUGGAGAAGUUACUUUUCCGGAGAUAAGCACUACCAUUCUAGAGAAGAUCUGCCAGUACUUUUACUGGUCUCUUCAGUAUGCCAAUGGAAAGGAGACUGAAUUCCCAAUUGAACCUGAACUGACACUGGAGCUGAUGAUGGCUGCUAAUUAUCUCCACACUUAAAACUAGAUUUCCUCACUUGCUUCUAGGGUGAUGAAUCAUGAUACCGAUAAUUAAGGAUGACAUUGUUGCCCGAGAAGACCGUGGAGUUCCUGUAUUUAUGCUGUGGACUGGAAUUCACCUCGUCAUGUAGUUAUUUGUCAAAUUACAAUGCCAUUGAUUUAACUGAGAGCAGUUUGAGAGUAUGUAAGAAGAUGAUUGCUGUGAUGUAUAAACUUACCUUUUCAAGCAAAUGAAGUGGGGGAUGCUAAGAAA